AUGGACAAUGACGAUAAUGGCAGCGUGUCUGCCAGUGGCCCAAGCGUGUCUGUGGAUGGCAUCGUGUUUCUGAAGAAGAGAACCUGCAACUGCUGCGGCAUUAGCAACACCGCCUACAACGAGAUCACAGGCAUUUCGCAGAUGUCAGCAGACAAGCAAAAAUUCACGCUGUGGGGCCGAGGCACCUCAGUUGACCCUGUAGGGAAGCACUGUCGCAUAUGCGUGCUGACACACCAGCAUGGCGGCUUUAGUGACGAUGCGAUCGCCCCGACCCUGGACGCCUUCUGUGAGAAAAUGAAAAAAAAUCCAGAGUUGCAACAGGAAUUCGGCGGUGCGAGAACUGAAAUGUUGCGGAUUCUGAACGAAGGAAAGAUGCGCUUUCGCGGCAGCACUGCCACGCAGAGCAAAAUGAGGUUGGAGUCGGCGAGGGCGGCCUCGGUAGAAGAAUACCGGACUUCGGAACAAAUGGUUGCGACGCCUUACCGUGCGAUUGAAAAAUCUCGGUUUGAGCAACUUUAUCCCAACAAGAUCGAGAGGGAAGGCUUGAAAGUGGUGACGAAAAAGAUAGAGGGUCAAAACCGAGAAGUCGUCCUGGUGCGGCAGCUCCCUGACGGCGAGUGGGACCUCAGCCUCAGAGAACGCACUGGCCUGCGGGAGACAGAAGUUCUCGACACGAACGAGCUGCAGAUCACCCCAGGUCAGUUGAAAAACAAGUUCGAGGGCAAGCGCAAGAAGCUCCACGCCCAAGUGGUGGAAAAAGGAAAUGCUGCUUCAGUCUUGGAUUCGGCUGUCAGCCAGAAGCCCAAGGAGCAGGAGGAGGAUGAUGAGAUGGCGCAGCUGAGCUCUUCUGACGAGGAGUUUGGAUUCGGCUCAUUGCUUGAGCAGGAGAUGCCAGAACCGGCCCCGAAGAGGGCUGCUGCAAAGGUGCUGCCUGCUGCCAAGGUGGCUCCUGCCGCGAAACACAGUUCUGCUGCCAGCAAGCCUCAGGCCAGCUUGAAGUCAAGCAACACAAAGCAGACGCAGCCGCAGCGUGAGUUUGUUGAGGAGGGAGCGGAUGAUGAAAAAAAUAAGAGGGGGCGACCUAGCAAGUUUCAGGGUAAGAACGGUGCAGACGUUCUGGAGCAGCACGGGCUGGCGCAAAUCAAGGAAAGUCUGGAAAAGGCGCAGAAGAUUUUGAACAGCGACGAGCUCAACGUGCCACUGGACAGCUUGGCAGCGAAGGACGCCUACAAGGCAGCUUUCACGAACUUCAGCACCCACGCCUCCGAGGCCAACCGGAGAGCAGUGGCUUUGGACGCCAAAGUCAAGAAAUGGCAGGGAGUGCCAGACGAGGUGCAGUCACUGAACACGUGGCACAAGGAGCGCGCAGCAGCCAUGUCGGCAGCCGCAGUUGCCUUCUCGAGCAAGAAGGCCUUGCAGGUGGACCGCAUGCACCAAGCCGUGGCAGCGUUUAUCCAGCUCCGAUUGGAGGUGCCCUUCGCCUGGAGUGUCCUGCUGUACGAGGAGCAGUUGGCUGACUAUGUACGCUUUCAAAAGUGGGGCGAGUUUGCUGCUGCUUGCUGCACUGAGGCCCCUGCUUUUUCCGUUGUCAACGAGAUGCAGAAAGGGCAUCUUGAUGCGGUCGUCCACCGCUGUGUUGGUGAUCAGUUGGGCUCACUCCUUCCCAAUCCGGCUGCCAGCCAGAAAAAGAAAAAAAAUGAGCAGGCUACGAGCAAUUUCGGCAAGGUGGUUUCAGAGCUGCUGACUGCUGGCAAACUCCCUGACGGUUCCUUGGCUGACCUGGGCAAGUUGAACAACCUCCUGGUUGCCGGCAGCGCAGAGGACAAGGUCGCAGCUUUGCAAGCACUCGAAGAGUUGCGGGAUGAUCCAGACUACUUUGGUUUGCUGCGGCCGGUGCUUCACAGCGAGCAUUGGUCAAGUUUUUUGGAUGGUCUGCAACGACCAGCAAAAACUUCUUCCGCUGUCAGCGAGUUGCGAAAGGCGUUCGACAAGCUGAACGCGACUGCCGAUGCUGGCUUCACCGACGAGGAUAGACAGAACUUGUGCCACGCUCUGCAGACGGCCACGCGCGUGCCUCAGGCGCAGAGUCAGCUUACGGCUGUGCUGAACGGCUUGAGCUUGGCAAGCCGUGAGGCAGAAAAGGCGCAGCUGAACCAGGUCAAAAGACUUUGCAGUUUAAUCGUGGCCAAAGGGCCAGGGAACGUCGAGUUGAGUGCUGUCAUGGAGCUGUCUGACGAUAUCCUCCGCAAAGGUUAUUGGGCCGAGCUCGAAGAUCAGAUUGGCCCGGAGGAUGCAGGAAAGGGUUUCGAGGAUGACAGCGAGGAAAGGCGCAGUGCUAUGAGUGCCUUGGUGAAGGCAGGAGCUGCUCUCAUGAAGCAGCGAAGGACUUUGGAAGUUGUGCUUGGCCUGGCCAUUGCUGCUGAACGCUUCGCCGACAACAAUUCCCCAGAGUGUCAGGAAAAGUUGCUUCUGAAGUGGGGCGAAGCCAUGACGUUGCAGCAAACUGGCAGCAGUACCGAGGAGUUGGCUCCGGCUGUCAGCCAGCAGCUUGAGGAGGUACUUGCAGCCACCCGCAUACCCCAGGUGGGUCCUGAGUUCUACAUGUCUUCACUCGAUGCACUGAGUCAGAUGAUGACAGAUCUCGUUGAGGAGUCCAUGCGCGCCAACCAGAACAGGGACGCUGUGACAAAGGCCGCUCAAAGGGUGCUGGAGGCAAGGCACCAAACAAUGCAGGCGUGCGCCAUGUCGGACACGCCUGGGUUUGCAAGGUCCUGCAUCGAGUUGGUUUGCGAGGAUAUGGUUCCGGUCUGUGUAGACGCAUUUCAGCUGUCAGCUAGCUCCGACAAUGCAGUUGAGCAGCAAGUUACCGAGUUUUUGCUGGCCCAUUUGAACAACGUCUGCGACUUGGAAAAAAACAAACAGAAAGUCCUGCAUGUGUUGGAGCAGAGCGUCGCAAACAAGUUUUUGCAGCAUGCCGCCUCCGUGAAGGACAAAUGUCUUCCAGUUCUUAACAACAAGGUGGAAACUUUGCUUUCGCGAGUCGACUCUGCUACGAAAGCACUGGAAAACGAGCUUUUGCCUUUGGCUCCUUUGGCCUCGGCCAAGACAAGCAAGGAAAAGUUUUUGGAACAGUGCACCGGCGGAGACGUUUUGAAAAAGCUCUUGAAAGCUCUCGUCAAGGCGGAACGGAGCUUUGGGCAAGUCGCCAGUUUGGCAGAAGAUGUCAAAGCCCGAGUCACAAGCACAAAGGAGCAUGCCAAGCAGCAGAUUACAACUUGGGGUGCACUUACCCUCUUGGCUCACGAUGAUAUUAAUGCCGACACCAAGCAAGGUGUAUCGCUUCGCACUGCCCUUGCAGACAUCUGGAAGGAGCACUGCAAAGAGCUGACGCGAUGCCUGGAUGAGGGAACAGCAAAACAGAUUGCCGACACAGCUUCUGGAAGUUUGGUGCACAAGAAGGAGGACAAGGGUGAGAGUGUGGAACAGGCGCAGGCGAAGCCGGUUAAGCGCAAGGCUGCAGCAAACCCGGUGGCACCCAGCGGCAAGAAGACCAAGGCCAAGGCGUAG